CUCAAGAGGAUCCCUCUAAAGUUCUCAUGCUUCAGCAAAUAGAUGUGAAUUUGAAGGUGUUCUAAGAGCCACGACAGAUCCCACAAAUUAAGUCUUGUGCAUAGCCAUUUCAACAACCAGCACCAUGAGAAAACUGCAGCUCUUCUUUGUGACAGUUGUCAUCUUAACCCUUGUAUUAGUGAAAUUUUUCUCAUCAUAUCUUCACAUUACAACUAGGAGUCGUUCACAAGUACUGGCAAGUGAUUUAAGACGUCUAGCAGUAGACCUUUCUGAGACACAGCGCAGCUUGGUACAUUUACCAUUGCAGUUCUACAAAGUUGAACGAAAUAUUGAGCUGGUAAAGCAACUGAUAAAAUCUGUGGAUGGACAGCCACUGCAAAAGGACACUGUUUCCAGCAAUUCUUCUCCAGAAACUUAUGUUAAAAAGAGAGAGGUUUGCCCUGAGAAAUAUAUGGGAAAGGAUUCUUCUUAUGGAUUCCCAUUUUAUAGGAAAGGUUUUGAAGGAGAAAAUUGCACAGACUUUGUCCCAAUUGAUGAACUUGUGACUAUGAUUAUGACAUCACCAAAGGAACUAUCACCUGAAAAGCUGAGAAAAGUGUUUGAAGGAGUUUCCACAUAUUAUCCAAGUGUACCUGUAAUAUUUGUUUCAAACAAAACAUUGAAGUUCAAGUGGCUGAAAGAAGUACGUUUAAGACUUACUUUCAUGGCAUUUGAUGACCUUACACAUGGAGAAACAUGGUCCAAGUUACUCAAGAUGGUGGCCACACCCUAUGCACUCUUUGCACCAGAUAUCACUUACUUCACUGAUGAUGUUAAUCUUGAACGCCUUGUACGGGUAUUGAGUGAGAACAGGGAUACCAUCCUUGUAGGGGGAAGCCAAAAGAAUCAACAGGGGGAGUGGGACAAUAGCUGUCGUCAAGUGCAAUUCAGAAAUUGGACUGCAUACUUUUCAGAUGGGUAUUACCACUCGUUUAAUGACUGUGUACAAUGUGAUGUGCUGCUUGGUCCAUUUAUGGCAAGAACCAAAGAACUCCAGGAUUUUGGAAUUGAUGAAAAACUACAUUUUGGUUCCUUUCAAGACAUAUUCUGGCGAUUAAAACUCAAACAUCCAGAGAAAGUUGUUGCCAGCUGUCCUGAUGUUAUGUUCAAUAUAUAUGAGCAAGAAAUUCCAGAUGAAAAAUAUGAUGCCCUGGCCCAGAAAUGGGAUGUGAAGAAAUGGGUGGAGUCUAAUGGGCAAGUGCGUUGGUAUGGGUGCCGAAGAGGAGGGCAUGCCCGUGAUAAUAAAUCGUCCUGUGGUAUACCAGCCACAGGACUCGCUGUUCCUCCUUGUGACUUGGAGAAUCUUGCUGACAUAGUCAAGUUUAUCAUGAAGGAAUGUGAAAAUGCUGGGAUUUAUUGUGAACUUAAUGCAGGAACUCUAUUAGGAGCUGUUAAAUUCAAGGGGGUUUUGCCAUGGGAACGUGAUGCUGACAUCCAAUUUCCUUCAGAGAACUACACAGCAUUUCAAAAGCUUCGUCCGAGAUUUGAAGCAGCAGGCUAUAAAUUUGACGAUAGAAAAGGAACUGAAUGCUGCACAGAUGGACGCAAGACAUCUGGCAUUUUUGUAAUCUAUAGAAAUGGCUGGGGUGUUGACGUUUAUGGUAAACCUAGGCUUGAGUCUGAGAUGCUUGUAGCUAAUGGUCAGCAGCCAACUAAAGUGAUGUUUGCUGGUCAGUGGGCUACUGCCAUGCGCAAUCCAGGACUUUCUGCUCGAAAUCGAUAUGGACCUAAUAUUUAUAAGCAUGUAGAGCAUUGGUAUGACAUAGGAAUGAAGAGUGGGGUUAUGCGCUACAAAUCAGGUGUCUUCACCAAAUGUCCACAGCCGGGACACAUGGGGUGUUUAGACCAGCUCCGUCCUGAUGGCAAUCUUCAGUUAGGUGACAGCUCUGUCACCUAAAUUGCUUUACAUGCCAACUUCAACAUGUAACAAGCAAACAGAGGCAAAAUGAAAUGGUCUUUCACAGGCCAAGAAGAAAGAUAUCUUUUGCACAAACUAUUUAGGAAUACAGCAAGGGUUAGACAAGGGGCCCAACAUGAUUUGUAGUAAAUAAAAGUUACACGAGAUGGAAGAUAGACAAACAAGGACAUGGAGGAAGACUUGCUGCUUCCACGUUCUCUUUGCUGAGUAUUUGAUUAACAUGUCAGCGAACUUAUGGAAUUUCAAGUUGUAGUGUUCUUAAAAUAUAAAAUUAGCUUGAAAAGUGUUAAUCAAUGUUUAUGUCCUCAACAUUGUAUACAUUUAUACCUUUGUUACUUUAUUUUAGUAUUGAUG